UCUCAGUGUGUGUCUCAGUGUGUCUCAGUGUGUCAGUGUCUCAGUGUGUCUGACCGUCCCGUUGCCCCCCCAGCCUCCCUCAGCCCGUUCACCAGUGGCUCCCAGCAGCCCCAGAGCUCCGCUGAGCGUUGGCGGGUUUCGUCCUCCAGCACGCCGGACAUCACGCAGAGGCAGCGGCGACGCAACUCCACGCCGGUGGAUAAGAAGAAGAAGGAGAAGAAGGACAAGGAGAGAGAGAACGAGAAGGAGAAGAACGCGCUCGCCAAGGAGAGAGUGCAGAAGAAGAGACAGAUGACAUCAUCAGCGAGCGCCAGCGUCUCCAGGUCCAGACCGGAUCUGGAACGUCUUCCUUCAUCCUCCUCUCUGCUCCGUAGCGCCCCCCGGGCCAGGAACCGGCCCCCUUCUCCGGACCCCAGGAGCCGCCCGCUGUCCCCUCUGGUGCCGGCCUCCAAGCCGCCCCCCGGCCAGAAGACGCCCACAGUCACCGCCAAGCCCCGCCCCAAACGGGCCCAGACGCCAGCCAGAGUGCAGCCGCAGACAGUUGCCGCCAUUACCGUGGAAACCAGAGAGGAGGAGAAAAACAGCUGCAGCGUCGUUCCCGCCAUCGUGGUUUCCUCCGCCCCGCUCACGCCUCCGUCCCUCAGCCCGCCCGUCGUAGCGUCGCAGCCUGCUGCUGCCGUCGGGUCCGGGUCCGCCCCGGCUGCGGCGCCGCCCAGCAAGCCGUCGGCCGGUACCAACGACCCGGAGGAGGCGGCGCGCGCUCUGGCAGAGAAACGGCGUCAGGCCCGGGAGCAGCGGGAGCGGGAGGAGCAGGAACGGCUGGAGCAGGAGCGCCGCAACAGACUCCUGCGGGAGGAAGCGGUGGCCCGCGAUGCCGAGGAGAGGAGGCGACGCGAAGAGGAGGCGCGCUUCAUGGAGGAGCAGCAGCGCCUCCGGGAUGAAGCUCAGCGCACCGAGGAAGAGGAGGAGGCGCAGAGGAAGGCCAAGGCCGAGCAGGAGGAGAACGAGAAGCUGCAGAGGCAGAGAGACGAGGCAGAGGCCAAGGCCCGCGAGGAGGCGGAGCGUCAGCGCGAGGAGAGGGAGAAGCACUUCCUGAAGGAGGAGCAGGAGCGGCUGGAGAGGAAGAAGCGCCUGGAGGAGAUCAUGAAGCGGACACGCAGGAGCGACGCCGGAGAAAAGAAGGACGUCAGAGCGCCGCCGCAGGUCAACGGCUCCGAGCCCAACAAAGGUCACGCAGCUGCUGCCCCCCUGCUGGGCCCCGGGCCCCCGGCCCCUUGCCCCCCCCUGACCGGCCCUGUGGCCGUUAACGGCGUCCAGCCCGCUUCGCAUCAGAACGGCGUCUCGGCCAACGGCGAGCUGGAGCGCCGUGCCUUUGAGGGGGCGGAGCCUUACCUGAGGAAGGCGGGCGCCAUGAAGCCGCAGCAUGUGGCAGAGGUUCUGUGAAUCGCCAUGGAGACCGCCUGUAGGCCACGCCCCUCAGACCAGCAGAGUGCCAAAAAUGGAGGAACUGAAACUUUAAAACUUUGCGUCACUUCCUGUUCCAGCGCUGAACCCGGAGAGGUUUUCCUUCCUGCUGCAGCCGAGACGGAACGGCUGCAGCUGAUUGGCCGAAACCCGAUGAAACGGCUGCAGCUGAUUGGCCGAAACCCGACGGAACGGCUGCAGCUGAUUGGCCAGCUUGCCCCUCCUGAUCUGACCCUGGAGCAGCGACAGUGACUCCUGUUAUUAUUCUGCUGUUGUUCCUGUCUUCUUCAGUUCUACUGUGUGUGUGUGUGUGUGUGUGUGCGUCAUUUUGUGUGUGUGUGUGUGUGUGUGUGUGUGUGUGAGAGAGAGGAAGAGUGUUUCUGUUUUAAUUGAUAAAAUGUUCAUAGUUCAGAUUUUAUUGUUAGCAUAGCAUUACAGCAGUUAGCAUGAGUAGCAUUGUUAUAAUAGAAUGGUUAGCAUCAAACCGCAGUGUUUUGUGCUAACUUUAAGGGAACCCUAAUAUGUCAUCA